UGCGCGCACCCGAUCUUGUCUGAUCUGGUAGCGAGCCAGGAGUGUUCGCGGGUGCGCGACGGGUCUGGAGUACAAGGAGGCAGGAAAGCGCUGGAUAGGGGGGACGAUGGCGGUGAACAAAUGACAAGUUUGAAAGUAAACUGAACCGAAUAGGCUACAGAGGAUUUACCAACGCCCGGCACAAUGGAACGAGUAGGAGAUAACCACAACAUGCGUGCGUAGUUGAAGAAAAGCACCGGAGAAUCUCAGCGGGGAACCAAUGGCACUAGUCGAGUAGUCAGGAGAGGACAAUAGCCUACAAGUGGGACGACAAACAAGGAAAUACUCUUCAGUUAAACUUCUUCAAACUCGUUUUCUCAUGAUUAUUACUGGUUUAUAAAUCAAUAAUGAUUAAAGCCGAGGGCAAAGGAGAGAGGACUCUGAGGAGUGCUUCCCCUCAUAGAAAUGCCUACAAGUCGGAUUUCCACGCCAUUAAGUGCUCCUUUGAUGGGACAAAAUCAGACGUCGCUGCGAAGUCAUAUGCAAAUGGUUCGAGCGACACCCGGGAAGAUGCAAGGGGGAGGCCUUUUGGAAAUCGGGUAAACAAGAUAAAGAACAUUUUCUUGCAGAUGGACGGACAGCAACAAGAAAGUCAGGAGUUAAAGACCGUUGUAAAAUCAGACGCUGCCCCGGUUUCCCCGCCAAAGCCACAGUUUGCAGUCAGCACACCCAAAACUAGCUUAGGCAAUGCCCCUAGCCCGGAGCCGCUUAGUUUAGACAAAACUCCCAAAGGUGAAGACGUCGAAAUUGACAAAGUAGCUUUGGCAGAGAAAUUUUCUGUGACCAGGAAACUCUUUGAAAGGGGUUUGAAAGAGCAGCCCACCGCUGAGAAGCAGUCUACAGUUCGAGUAGUCAGCCGCGUGUCCCUGGGCAGUGUGUCGGAUGAGGGCAAGAGCGCUAGGAGAGUGUCGGCGUCCACAGAGAGCAACAUAAAAACAGAGGGGACUGUUACUUCAGUGAAGAGUCCAGAUGAGAAGAGUGAUGCGGAGGAUGUAAAGCCUGUUUCCAGGCAGUCUCUUAAUGCAGGGCCCAUCUCAAGGAGGUUGGAUAGCUACAAAGAUGGUGACAACGAGGAGAUAAACAAAGCCAAUGCUACAGGCAGAGAGGCUAGAUCAUGCACUUCCACCGAUCGCUCACUACCCACUUCUCCAGCAAGGGAGAGUUUUUCCAAACCCACAUCUGCUUCUAACGAGGCCACUACCAAAGCCACAUCCCCCACUGGUAGUGCCGUCAACAAACCAACCUCACCAGUCACCACCAUCACUCUCAAGUCCACCUCCCAAGUUUCCAGUGCCACACACACGCCAUUGUCCCCAGUGACAGAUGCCACUCCUAAACCUGUGUCACCAGACCAAGCCGCCCCAGGCAGCCACGGUUCCUACAAACGCUCUUCGUCAACCGGGGACAGUAGACAGUCAGUAGGCUCCGAGGAAAUCAAACCCACCAGUCCAAAUCCAAGAGAUCAAAAACAGCCUUCUACUUUAGCCAACAGCGUUAACAGCUCCAGCAGGCCCAAAACGUCCGACAGGACCAGGAGUGACAGGAACGCGUCGCAGAGUCCCACCAAGGACCAGCCACCAGGCCAGGCGUCCCCGGAACCCCAAGGGGUGGGCAUGGUGCGGGCAGAGCUGGUGGUGGUCCAGAACGAGUCGUCGGAGAGCGAGGAGAACGAGGGGGAGAACGCGGAAGAUGACGUUUUUGAGGAGCUCGACGUGCGGAGGCCGGCGGAGACGAGAGCAGGGCCCCAGGACUCCCCCCUGGAGAGGCUGAACGGCGAGGCCGCUCGUCACCUCGCACGGAGGGACCAGGGCGAGGCGAACGUCGUCGUCCCGGAGAAGGGAGAUGCAAGUAGAGUUCAGGAGGAGCGCCAGCCCGGCUGGAGGGAGGUGGGGAGCGAGGAGCCGCGACCCGCGGCUCAGACUGGGGAGACUCGAGAGGAAGAGGGCGAAGAGGAGGUCGCAGAGGAGGAGGGCGAGCAGGAGAGACCCGCCGAGCAGGAGAGACCAGCCGAGCAGAGUCUGAAAGACUCUCCAGCGGUCUACGGGAUUGAGAACGCAGCAUUUGUGGACGACAGGGACAUACACCAGGCCCUCUGUGAGGAAGAGGAGGAGGAGGGGGAGGAAGUGGAGGGGGAGGAAGAGGAGGGACAAGGCCCACAGGAAGAGGAGGAGCCUUGUGAAGAGUAUGAGGAAGACUAUGAGGAGGCACCUGGGCUUUCUGACGAAGAGGAGCUCGCUCCACGGAGGAAGAUCAAGUUCUCAACAGCACCCAUACGGGUGUUCAGUACCUUCUCCAACGAGGACUACGACCGCCGCAACGAUGAGGUGGACCCCGUGGCCGCGUCGGCCGAGUACGAACUGGAGAAGAGGGUGGAGAAGAUGGACGUGUUCCCCGUGGAGAUCCAGAAGGGAGACAACGGCCUGGGCAUCAGCAUCAUCGGGAUGGGGGUAGGGGCUGACCAGGGGCUGGAGAAACUGGGCAUCUUCGUGAAGACCAUCACCGAGGGGGGAGCAGCGGAGAGAGACGGGAGGAUCCAGGUGAAUGACCAGAUCGUGGAGGUGGACGGGAUCAGCCUGGUGGGGGUCACCCAGCUGUUUGCUGCCACAGUCCUGAAGAACACCAAAGGCACGGUCAGCUUCCUGAUUGGCCGCGAGAGGCCGGGGACGCAGAGCGAGGUCGCUCGCCUCAUCAGUGAGACUCUGGAGCAGGAGAAGAUCCAGCAGCAGCAGCUAGAGGACCCCUACGAGCAGUCCACGGAGGAGGAGGAGGAAGAAGGGAUACUUGGAUCCAGUUUUGGUGACGUCGGGAGGUCCGUGGCGGUGCUGGACCUGCCCGAAUCGGAGGACUUGUUCAUGCCCACCAACAUGGACUCCUCACAGAUGGCCUUCAAGUUUAAAGAGCUCCAGCACCAAAACAACAUGGCAGCUUCUGAGAUUAACCAGCUGAAGGAGAAGCUGACGGCCGCGGACGAGGACCGGGCCUCCAGGGGCGCCAGGGAGGCGGAGCUGGAGAGGAGGGUGGAGGAGAACGGGGAGAAGACGGCCACCCUGGAGAAGUACUGGCUGGAGGCCCAGGCCCUGUGCAAGACCCUCCACGAGCAGCUGAGCGAGGCGCAGAGCCAGCACGACGCGCUGGAUAAGAAGUACAACAAGGCCAAGAAGCUCCUCAAGGACUACCAGCAGAAGGAGAUUGACUUUGUGAAGAAGGAGGAGGAGCUGAAGAAAGUUCUGGAAGAGAAGGACAAGGGGUACAAGGACCAGCUUGACGCACUGCAGCAGAGGCUAGCUCGUCUGGAGUCCCAGGGGCUGGAAGCCGGGGGCGGAGCCGGGGAGUCCGACCCAGGGGCUGCAGAGGGCGGGAGGAGGAGCAGCCAGGGCAGCGAAGACCCAGCACAGACUCCUGACACACCAGAGGCUGACUGGAGCGAGGUGGUCCCUGAGACGGAGCGUCUGGACACCAGCGCUCACAGGGCCCGGGCACAGCUGGCCCAGAUGUCGCGGCGCCAGCGGCCGUCCCGGAACAAGCUGAAGGAGAACCUGGGCGAGACCCCCUGCCGGCCGCAGGAUUCCAAGGAUGAGGAGGAUGAGGAGGUGGAGGAGCAGGAGGAGGUGGAGGAGCAGGAGGAGGUGGAGGAGCAGGAGUCUCCCAGGAGGAGGAGGUCCAUCCAGGAGAGCCUCUCCCUGCCCGUCCCGACCUGCUACCAUGGCAACGGUCCGAGGGAGGAGCCUCCGGGGGCCGAGGAGAGAUCCAGGAGCAGGGCGGAGCUCUCCGGCAGCCCCUCCCUGCCCCCGUCCCAGCGCCACAGCGGGGGCAGCGGGGGGACCAGUCCCUCCCUAUCCCCCCCCACAGACGCGUCCUCGCCUCAGUCGGGCUUCCUGAGGAACGUCAAGAAGAGGGAGUCCAAGGGCAAAGGCAAGGAGCUCAAAGAUGACGGCAACGAGAGCGCGUCUGCGGGGAAGCCAAAGCGACGAUUCCCUGAUUUUGGGGGCCUCAGGAAGUCUGGGGGCAAAGGGAAGAAACACGACAAGGAGGCCAUGAGAUCGUCUCUGGACAGCAGGGGGUCCCGGGGGUCUGCAGAACUUCUGGAGGAGUCCGGGGGGAACCUGUCCCCCUCCGACUCCAUGAGCUCCAUCCCCACCUGCAUGCCCUUCUCCUGGUUCGGGGACAGGGACAAGGACAGGGACAGGGAGCCCUCGUCCUCCAGCAGCAGUCUGCCAUACACAGCCACCGAGACCAGCAGCGAGCAGAGCCAGGACCGCAGGAACAAGACAAAUCUCUCCUGGUCCUCUUUGUUCAGUCGCUCCUUAGAUUUGAGCUUGUCAGUCAUAGAUGAUUCUAACCCUGGCAGCCCCAGUUCAGACAUCUCAGGGUUAGUGGCUGAGCCCAAUCUGUCUGGGCGCUCACACACUUUAAUCUUCUCUUCCAACGAGACCUUGGAUGACGACCCCGUGCCCGCAGGGAAAGAGUACCAAUGGCAGAACCGCCCCGUCUCCGAUUGGACCAAUCAGCAAGUCUGUCACUGGCUGAUGGGCAUGAACAUGGACCAAUACACUCCUGAAUUCACUGCCAAGGGGGUGGAUGGCCAACAGCUCAUGCACCUGGACAGUGACAAGUUAAAGGCCCUGGGUGUGUCCAGUCAGAGCGAUCGCUCCACCAUCAAGAAGAAACUGAAGGACAUGCGCAAGGCCCAGGACAAGCUGGAGAAACAGAGGGAGAAGAGAGAGAGGGAGGUGAGGCGCAGUGGACGACUACCCCCCACCACAGACUCUGUCUGCUGAGACUCUAGUCCCACCCAGCCACCCUCUGUCUGCUGAGACCCUGGUCCCACCCAGCCACCCUCUGUCUGCUGAGACCCUGGUCCCAGCCAGCCUCUGUCUGCUGAGACCCUGGUCCCAGCCUCACCCCCCCCUCGCCCAAGACAGCGCUUCUUUAGCCCGGGCCAGCUCCCGUUUCACACAGUACAUCCAUGCCAUCCACUUU